UAACAAUUGGGUCCCUUAAGGCCUCCAUGGCAAGGAAAGGCGGACUGGACGCAGAUGAAAGGGAUAGUAUUGCAAGCCAGAUCCGAGGGGCAGUUGUUGUCCUCAACCGACUACGCCGCUAUGCAUACUGGGCGAUUGCCUUGGACAUUGAGAGGAUCAUGCGGUUACCAGGGGCAGCAAAGUCGAGGAAAAAGGCACUGGACGAGGUCUUAGAUAGCAAUGAUUAUUCCUUCCGUCUCGCCACCCUUCUUUUGAGUGGUCAAGGUGGCCCCAAUUCAGCUUACGCGAGGGCAAAAAAACAA